GAAUACAGAGAGCGCACAAUUUCGAAUUCCAUCUCAUUUGUAAAAAAAAAAAAAAAAAAAAACUUGGUGGCCGCCGCUCCUAUUCCGAUUUUGACGAGUCGGAGCGAUGAGUUUAGUUGCCGAGGAACGAGAGUUCGCUUGCUUUAACGGAGAGUCCGCCAUGGAAGUAGACGAUACAGAAGAAGGAGAAGAAGAUCCGUUCCUUGCGUUCGUCGAGUACGCGAGGUCUGUCCUUUCGCCUGACGACGAAGACGGAGGCGGCGACGGCGGUAGAGAUCUUGAUAGUGAAGCGGAGGUGAGCCGGCCUGGUUGGAGCUGGAUCGCCGCUCGGAUUCUCAAGACUUGUAUCGCUUACUCCAGUGGAGUGACUGCCGGUAUUCUACUGUCGGAGCUCUCUCAGGCUUGGAGCGAGCAACACAGAUUCGGAGCGCCGAAGAAAAGGCCGGAAAUCGUGAAUCAACUGAAGAAGAAACACAGGAGAUCCAAGCUUCCGAACACUGUUACUAUCGAUUCAGUGCACGAGAAGAAUUUUAUCACACUCAGUAGUGUUCUCGAAGCUGUCAUUGUAGAUAUCUUCGUCCUCCCUGGUACGAAUAUCUACAUGCUUACCUUGGGAGAUUUCUGGAGCUCCAACACCAUCGAUCUAUUUAUGCAUAGAAGAUACUAUGACUUGGUGGACCCUAGUAAUGAGAUCUUAAAGAAAGGGAGGGAGAUUUUCCUCACUGGAUGCUAUCUUCGGACAGCUAGAGAAGGAUCUGGUUAUCCUAGACUGCUUCCAACUGAAUACCUUGUGAUAAUAUUAGAUGAUGAUCAGGAUGACGACGCAAUGCUAAUAGCAGCCCGGUUUUGUUCUGAUUCUUUCUCUUCAGUUUCUCUCCAACAGGCUCAAAAUGGCAUUUCUUAUUCUCUAUAUGCAAGGAUUGAAUCUAUUGGACCACUGGAAGCGAAAGGGUCAUUUUGCAAUGUGCAAAGAAAGCAAGUGACUCUAGUCGACAACGAGGACAAGAGGCUCAAGUUUCUCCUGUGGGGUGAGCAGGUCCUUCUGGCCAAUCUUCUGAGUGUUGGAAGCAUGAUUGCCCUUGAUCAGCCUUUCAUCACAAGCUCCAAUGACAUCGCAGUGGAGACUGAUAGUGAGAUAUGUCUGGAGUAUGGAAGUGCCACUCAACUCUAUCUGGUGCCUUUCGUUCAGCAUGAAGAGCAAGUCUAUAUAUCAUCUUCCUCUUCACAAAUCCGACAUCAAGGAUCAAGACUUUCCUUGACUGCCUUAACUCCCACUCCCAGAGUUUCACAAGUGUCUUUACCAUGUGAUUCUCUUGGCUCAAUUGACUUCAGUAGUUAUCCCUUCCGAUCAUUCAUAACCGACCUCACCGAUAAAAUGACUGGGUUCAGCCUCUACGGCAUCGUGACAGACAUUCAUUGUGAAAGAAGCGCCACAAAAGUAAUCUUCUAUCUGGGAAUCGAAGAUACAAGUGGGUCAAUUUUGGCGAAGCUACACUUCGUUUCAUCUUGGUCGCUUGGAAGGUUGAGUCCCGGCCACUCUGUCUUCAUUUCUGGAUUGUCCAGCAACACAAGCAAGAAAAACCGCCUAGAAGUGUCAUGGUUUGAGAAUCAACCCGGCUCUUCCUUUAUAAACCUGAGUUGUCUCCCAGCCUUACUGAACUCCUCCUGCCUUCAUAAGUUAUCUCGCCUCUCCGAUCUUUCCACGGAGGCUAGCUGCACUUAUAUAUGUAGGGUGCGGCUUGAUCAGGUUAGCCAAUGCCACGUCAACACAGAUUUCGCGCACUCUUCCUGUGGCCGUCCGGCCAAACUCACGCCUUCCGGCAACCUGGAAUGCAGCUUCUGCCAGUGCAGUUGUGAUUCGGAGGUGGUGCGAACCUUGUUCCUGAAGAUUCCUGUUGCUGAUGAAACAGCCAAGAUAUUUGGGUGGUGCAGCGGCCCGACCGCGGCUGAGAUGCUUCAAAUAUCCGCUGACGAGUUCUUUGAGCUCCCCGAGGACGAGCAAUUUAUGUAUCCGUCAUCUUUAGAAAACGAAUGCUUUGUAGUAGCGCUGGUGAAUUCCAAGCGGCCAGGCUAUGGGCGGGGCCAUUGCAUCGAUCUGGAGGAUAAUGCAGUUUCGUGGGAGAUCACCCGAGCCCAGAAUGUGAACAAUGCAGGAUAAAGCGGUAAAAUAAGAUAUAACGGUUGCCAGGCGGAUGAGAAAAUUGGUAGUACUAUUGUGAAGUAAUGAUUCUAAUUCUGUUUCUUUUCUGCACCUGAAGGUCAAAGGAAAUAGGAAGGUGAUGUAGAUUUUUCAGUAACUGAAGGCAUCAUUUGCCGAGUGAACCAGCUGGGUUCAUAGGUAUCCGUUGCCUGUAGUUGGCCCAGAAAUCUGGUGAGAACGUUGGGGCAAGAAAAGAUAGAGAAGAAUGGAGAAAUUCUUCGGUGGGACGGGCUCACAGGUGGAGAAGAAUGUGCUCGUUUCUCCCGUUUCCCGUUUUCCGCCUUCGGGCUCGUUUAGGAUCCGUCUUCUAUGUAGAUUCAAUCCUUUUUUAAUUCAUUUUAUAGUUUUCACUUGCCUUUUAAAACUGACUCAACUUUGUUUUAAUAAACCACUUGAUUUUAAUGAAGUGUUUAACUUUUC